AUGGAAUCUACAAGUUUCCAUGAAACGUCUCACGAGUGUUAUCACCUGCCGCAGGUGCGGUUCUGGGUGACGUUCAACGAGCCCUACAUGUUCUGUGUGUUCGGGCACGGUCACGGCCGCCUGGGCGCCACGCGGGUGAACCCCGGCACCUCCGAGUACCUCUGCGGCCACCACAUCCUGCUGGCGCACGCCCGGGCGUACCGCGCCUACCAGCAGAGCUUCUCGCACCAGGGCGGUAAGGUCGGUUUGACACUGGAGGACUUCUACACGGUGCCGGACAGCCAGAAGGCCGAGGACGUCCUGGCCGCCGAGGUCCACCAGCAGUUCCAGCUGGGCUGGUUCCUCGACCCCAUCCUGGCCGGCGACUACCCGGAGCUCAUGCGGCAGCGCGUGGGCGCCAACGGCGCGGCGGGCGGAGGCCGAGCAGCGUCCCGGCUGCCGACCUUCACGGAGGCGGAGCGCCGACUGCUCGCCGGCGCCCUGGACUUCCUCGGGCUGAACGUGUACUUCGGGUGGCGGGCGCGACACGGCGUGCCUGUCGGCGCCGCCGACCCGUCGGUCGAGAGGGACGCCGCCUACACCAUCAUCGGCACGGCCGAUCAGUUUCUGCCCCCGGGGCCCUUCCGCAGCACGCCGUGGGCCGUGCGGAGGUCGCUGGGGUGGGUGCGGAAGCGAUACGGCCGCGAGCUCCCGAUCAUCAUCACGGAGAACGGCUUCGGCGACGACGGCGCGGAGGGACUGCAGGACGAGGCCAGGAUCGGGUACCUGCAGGACCACCUGCGCGAGGUGAUGCGAGCCGUGCACGAGGACCGGCACAACAUCAAGGGCUACUUCGUGUGGUGCCUGCUGGACGACUUCGAGUGGGGCGCCGGCUACAAGUCCAAGUUCGGCCUGGUGCACGUCGACUUUGAGUCUGGGACCCUGAACCGCACCCCGAAGGCGUCGCUGCUCUUCUACAAGCGCGUCAUCGAGCACCGCAUGCUGGCGGAUGACGCCGUGGCAACGGGGCCUUCGUCGUCGUCGUCCUCGUCGAGGCCGUUCGACGUGAGGAUGCUCGUCGUCGCGGUCGUGGGCUCCAUGCUGUGUGCUCGCGCCUGAGGGGACGACGGUCAGGCAGUGAUGGAGCGCGCGCGCGCGCGCCCGCUCGCUGCGGGGCGCGUCGCGCCCGUGCGACCCUUCCCAAAGGCACGGGCCGCUGCCGCGAGGACGAGCGAGCAGAUACAAAGACCACCUGCGGCGCGGAGGCGCCGGCCCGGCCAAC